AUUCACUUACCUUACCCCACAAGUUAUCACAGCAACACUGAUUUCGGCCUAAUGGAGCCCAACAUCGCGGUCAAUUUCGAGGACUACUUCCCGUCGAUGAUGGAGCAGCUGGGCGCCGAAGGCUUCAUCGGCGAGCUGUGCAACGGGUUCCGGUUGCUGAUGGACGGCCAGCGCGGGCUGAUAACGUUCGAGAGCUUGAAGAAGAACAGCGUUAUUCUGGGGUUGAAUGACAUGGGAGACGAUGAGAUCGUUUGCAUGUUGAGCGAAGGCGAUUUGGACGGAGAUGGGGCAUUGAAUCAGAUUGAGUUUUGCAAUCUCAUGUUUAGGUUAAGCCCAGGGUUAGUGGUGGAUGAUAAUAGUAAUAAUUAUUAUGGAUCAAGGCAAUGGGUUGAAGAAUAUAUAUGA